AUGUGGUCUGUGACGUCUGUGUAAUUCGGGGUUGGUGUUUGUGUUUCCUGUUCAUGACUAGUACUUGUUUGGUUAGUAAUGCCUGUAGGCAUGGCACGGAAAAAUGAUUUCGAUUUAUUUGUUGCAGGAAAAACAGGCUCAUUUAAAGGAAUCAGCAUUAAUUUUGAGGAUAAAGACACAAAACCCAUUGCGAAGAAUAUACAGAAUAUAAAAGUCCUCACAAAGGAACAUGAAAUUACAGCCUUGGCAUGGGGGGAUGCAGAUGAAGUUGAAGUGUUAAUUGGUAUGUCUUGUCAGAGAGUAAAGAUAUAUGACACUGACUUCAAAGCAUUUACAAGCAGCGUGGAUGCAUCCUGUGGGCAUGGCAGUAUACAAGGAUUAUCUAGAUAUAAAGGGAAACUUUUGACUGCUGUAGCAUCAGGUCAUGUGAAAAUAUGCAGUCAUGUAAAGAACUCCAACAAUAUUUUGGACACUGGUGGCUCAAUAGAAAAAAUGAGACACAGUCCAGUAAAUGCAGAUAUUAUUGCAGUUGGAGGAAAAGAGAAUGAUCUGAAGCUAUGGAAUUUGGAACAGAAGACAUGUACUUUUGCAGCUAAAAAUGUGAAGCCAGACAUGUUGCAAUUACGAGUACCAGUGUGGGUAUCAGACAUGGACUUCUUGCAAGACAGUGCCAAAAUAGCAGUUUGCACAAGAUAUGGACAUGUAAGAGUAUAUGACCCAAGCACUCCACAGAGGCGACCAGUUAUUAAUAUGGAUAUUCCAGAACAGUCCCUGACAACUUUGGCAGUUACUAACAAAGACAACCAUAUUGUUGUAGGUAAUACAAAAGGAAAGAUAAUGCUUAUUGACCUACGCAGGAAAGGCUCAGUGGUGCAACAUUAUAAAGGAGCUGUGGGUUCGUUGAAGUCUAUAGUAUGCCAUAAGACAGAGCCUUACAUUGUGAGUGUUGGACUAGACCGACACCUUCUGGUCCAUAACCUCACCAGCAGGGCUCUGUUGCAGAAGAUGUACAUGAAAUCCCGCCUGAAUUGCAUUCUUCUGCAUUCAACUGCUUUCUUAAAAUCUGCAGACAAUUUGUGUGUUAAAGAAGGAAGUGAUGAUGAUAUACAAAUUAUUGAGGAUGAUUAUGAUGAGCUUUUCAACAAUAUGGAAACUGUUGAGGAGUUUUCACCCAACAAGAAAUGUAAACUCAAAUAAUAGGAGUACAAAAUGAACUAAUUACUAAGAUCUUAAUGAAUAAACCAUCUUUUUCAAUAGAA